AUGAAUGUAAACCAGGACUCGGGUUUGGUAAUUAUAGCUAAUCAGCAGACACAAGGACGAGGUAGAUCCGGUAACAAUUGGAUUUCUCCGAGAGGGUGUUUAAUGACUUCUAUUCCGUUAACUAUUUCACGGCGCAGCAUUAUUGGAUCGCGAUUGCCAUUACUUGUUAAUAUUACCGGCUUAGCCGUUGUAAAGGCGGUUCGAUCCUUGGAAGGAUAUGAGAACAUUCCCUUAGGAAUCAAGUGGCCGAAUGAUAUUUAUUACCGCGAUGAAAUAAAACUAGGCGGUAUAAUUUUGAAAUCGCAGACUAUCGGAAAUAAUGAUCCACAAAUUGUCGUUGGCUGUGGAUUGAACGUUAGUAAUAGCAAUCCAACUAUGUGCAUUAACGAUAUUAUUGCAAGGUUUAAUAAUCGAACGGAAGGUGCUAAUUUGAAACCAAUAAGUGUUGGUCGGCUUGCGGGAUUACUAUAUAAUAAUCUCGAAACCAUCAUUUCCAACAUUGAAAAAUUUGGAAUUGGACAAUUUCAGCGAGAGUAUUAUAAGUACUGGAUUCAUAGUAAUAAGAAGGUUAAAAUCGCUAAUCGUGGUAACGAAGAUUUUUCAAUAGCCGGUAUUAAUGAUUACGGAUUUCUCUGUGUUACUGAUCGUUAUGGACAGAAAGUAACGUUACAACCGGAUGGUAACAGUUUCGAUCUGAUGCGAAAUCUAAUUACAUUGAAAAAUUAA